CUUCCUCCGCUAAAUCACGCCGUCUAGCCCAGGCAGCCCGUCGGGUGACGUAGGUUGUUGGGUUGUGGAUUGACGUUGUGAGUCUAUCAGCAUGAAGUCCGCACCAGUGUUAUCAGUGUCAGGGCGACGGGCGCUCGCUCGACUGUGGACUCCGAGACGGAAUCCCGAGAUAUACGAAAAAUACUAAUAUUUCACGCGCUUUCCAUCUAUUCUAGUCAAAACAACGUUGAUUUGACUCUUCAGAUUGGAAGUCAUCUGGGAAGUGUUGAAGACUAUUACUAUGAUCCACAUAUAAAAAGCACUGCAUUCCCGAGACUUCCUCUGUGUAUCUUCCGGUCCCUGAAGACCACUUAGCGAUAUCUAUAAACAACAUUAUGGCGACUACUGAGAACAAGCGUCCAGACAUCCCCAAGGAGCAAGCACUUCUAAAAGUGCCAUUAAAGCGUUUGAUGCGAGACAAUGGCGUAGAUGGCACACCCAUAAAGAAACGUGUAAUGGCUGCUCUCAAUCUAUCCUGCAAAAAAAUUCCAGAAACCUCUCUCGGCUAUCAGGUCUCCAAAGCAACGAACAGGAUAGAGGCUACUCCGGAUCUGAGCCCUGGUUUGAAGCACACUCUAGCGCAGUUUUCUCUGAGCAGCCAGUGUUCCCUCGGUGGCCCGGCUGCGUUUACUGGUCAUCACGGUCAGUAUAAGCUGGCGCCCCCUCUGGCCCAGGGAGGUAUUGCAGGGGGGCCCCUACUAGUCCCCCCUGACAGCUCUACAGACCUCAGCCUGUGCUGUCUGGAGGGCGAGUCCAUCUCCUGCUUCUCUGUGGGAGGCGAACUGCGUCUUUGUCUGCCCCAGCUGCUAAACACCGUCCUACGGGAAUUCUCGUUGCAACAGAUCAACUCUGUGUGUGACCAGCUGUAUUUGUACUGUUCCCGCUGCGAUGCCACACAGUUACACAUUCUCAAAGUGCUGGGCAUCCUUCCUCCAGGGACUCCAUCCUGCGGCCUCAUCACGCUGACCGAUGCCCAACGUCUCUGCAACACCCUUCUGCAUCCAGGUGAGGAACACAAAGCGCAUGGCGCUGAAGAGGAGGAAGAGAAAAACGGCGAGGAAUCUGGAGGAUUUUGGGUGGAACACCAGUGUCUUGGCAAGUGUCAAGGCCUGUUUGUACCCCAGCUUUACUCCAGCCCGGAUGCGCCCUGUAUCCGCUGCUCCCAAUGUCGGAUUCUCUUCUGCCCGGAGCGCUUUGUCAUGCACUCCCACCGACAGCCAGACACACGCACAUGUCACUGGGGCUUCGAUUCAGCCAAGUGGGCCUGUUAUCUGCAGCUGGCACAAAGAUACCUGGGAACAGCGGAUGAAGAGAAGCUAAAGGAGUCUCUGGAGGAUAUGAGGGCGAAGUUCCAGCAGGACAAGAGGCAGCCACAAAUAGGAGUAUCUUCACCUGCCUUUGUGUUUGACUCACAUUUGCUUGCCAGUCUUAAGGAAGACCCCGGGCAUGAUGACCUGAUGUGGCAAAGCUGGUAUCAGUACACGCCUGACAAGCUGGCAGGUAGUGGCUUGGCACAACACUCUGAGUGUGUGCCUGGAAAGGAAAUGGGGUUUACAGGAACAGAAGCGCUGGGCGAUACUCAGGAUGAAAAGAGCCAGGAUGCACACAACACUGACCCAAAGACUCCUAUCUUUGCAGGGCAAGAAAAAAGCAGCCAAUCGGAUGAUGCCAGUCCAGAUGAAUGGCAGAAAGUAGAUUCAUCAGCUAGUAAGCGGUCUGUUGGUGUGACUGUGGAGCACAGUAAGGACUUCAUGGUGAUGGAACUCCUUCAGAUGUACAGUGCUCAGCACGACAAACUUCAGUCAACACUACACAAACAAAAACAACUUGAACAGGAGCUGCAGGCUCUGCGUCAAGGUGAAGCCAUAGACCGCUGUGACCUACAUGGGGAGCUGGAGGCGGUUCAGACCGAGCAUGCUCAGAGGCUCGGAGAAGUCCAGCAGGAACAGAGAAAGUUGAAGUCCCGACUCGACAAGCUGAGGCAGCAAGGCUGCAGAUGCAAAGAACUGAAUACUGAGCCGCAACAGGAAACCAUCUAUGCCAAACAGUUAUCAGAACUACGUCAGAGGCUGGACCGCGCUGAGGAAGACCGCGAGGAGCUGCAGGAAGAGCUCCGCCGGGAGAGAGAAGCCAGAGAGAGGCUGGAACGCACCAUCUCGGAGCUCAAACAACAGAUGAGGGAGUCCGCCCACCCGGCUUCAAUGGACAGUCCCAUGUCUUCGGCCUCCAGUGACACACAUAUGUCCCCGACGCCUUAGCGUGAUCUACGCUCAGCAACCCGCAGCCUAAUUUCUGUGAUUGAGAUUCACUUUGGUAUGGUGUCUCCAUUUUGGAACUGGAUGCCAAAGUUGUUUUUAUUGCAGUUCUACGGAACAAUUAUGGGUUUUAUGCUGUGAAUUUGUUGAAAAGAUGAGUAACUAUUGAGCUGAACUGAUUUUUUUCAGACACGUGAAUAAGGAUUUUUGGUGUUUUGAUGAAAAUUCAAUAGUUGGAGACAUUAUGCAAACCACUAACCCUGCAAGCGUACAAUCAAAAGCAUCCAUUUUGGUUUAUCACUGCUAGGACUACUGAUAUCAAAUGGAAAAUGAUUUCUUUUUGAAUAUUGGAAUUGUUUAAAAGUACAUCACAACUGAUGUUGUUUCUUAAAAUAUUUAUUGUUUAUUGAUAAAUGUUAUGUGAAUAAUCUUAUCUAAUUAUACAUAUUUAACAUUCUUUUUGCAUUUAUUUUUUGUUCACAUUUUAUGUAGGUUAUGCUCAUUAUGAAUGUACAAAAUAUAUGCAUGUGUACUUUCAUAAAAUAUGGAUAAAUAUACUAUGUUUACACUGUGGUAUGAAGUUCAGAUAUAACAGAAAAUGCUUUCUAUGCCAUUUCCAAUGAAUGUUUUGCCUCCUUUAAUGAACGCCAGAAAUUUAUUAUUUCUCAUUUCGAGGACUUCUAACACCAAACGUAAAUAAACAAAAUUAUAGAUUUUAAAAAUGAUGGUAGAAGUUGAAAAACUCACAUCAAUUACAGUUUUAGUAAAUGAAAUGCUCCUUGUACUUAACAUUCUAUAAACCAUCUAGACAAACAGGUCUAUAUGUGUACUUUGCUCAGAGAGAGAGAUGUUAUUCUUAUGUGUGGGGUGGGGAGGGGAGGGGGAAAAUUAUGUAUUGAUAUUGUUUGCUGUAACUGACAAUCAGCGUGUUUAUCUUUAAUUGCUUUUAUAUUCAAACUUUAAAGAACUAAUUAAAUAGUUGCUACCUCAAACAAACACAUAUAGAUAUAUAUGUAGAAAAACAUAAAAUAGAGAUUGUGUAUAGAAGUGGAUGGAUGGAGUAGUCAGGUGUAUGACUGAUAAAUACCUCUGUACUGCUGCUAUGAUGUUUCUUUCCAGAUGACUUAAAUAUGCAUGUGAGAUUGAAGAAAUAUAUAUAUAUAUAUAUAUAUAUAUAUAUAUAAUACAGAUAUACAGAGUAUUGUUUCCUAACAUUUAAGCCAAACAUAAUUUCACAAAAAUGUUGUCUUGUACAAAAUGUUAAUUAUCUUUGCCAGUGCCAUCUUUUGUGUGUAUAUCGUAUGACAUGACACUUUUGUCCUACCUCCACUUGUGAUCAAGACACUUUGUAUCACCCACCAACUUUUGUAUGUCAUCUUUCUACAACAACUCAUGGGAAAUGAUAUAUUAAUGUGCUGUUGGGGAAAAUAAUAAAAAUGAUUAUAUAUGAUUAUA